AUGAAUGAAGUGAGAGGCGAGGAGUCAAUAUUUCUUCGGAAAAUGGUGCUCGGCCGAUACCGUAUUGACCAAUGUUUCCCAUUAAUAAGUCAAAAUCGUGAAUCUCUUGAAUUUCAACAUCCCGAAAGCCAGCACGUUCUAAAUGCGCCUUGGUAUCGAUAUCUUCAUGCCACCGUCGGUGCAAACGAUUUCACUGUCGGAGGCUGUGGCAAAUCCGGCCUGACAUCUUUGAUAACCAACAGCAACUCUACCCACUCCCCACUCUUCAUGUUGCCGAUGUCAAGAAUUGUGGAUGCCUUUGACAGUGUAGAGGUGGCUAAUGCCGCCUCGACAAGCCAUGAGGCUCCCUUGGUAGUGGGUCUGUUGCGAUAUAGUCUGUCACAGUUGCGAACAAACUCGGACCGCAUAUCCCUGGACGUGCAUUAUGAAAUAUUAAUGAACCGGUGA